AUGAUCAGUCAGCGUUCCAUCAUCUCAACAAUCACCGCCAAGCGCACCUGGAAUGCGCUCGGUGGAAUUCAUCCCAGACUCUCCCGGUCUACCCUCAGCUUGGUGGUCUCUAACGGCCGCCGCCCUACGCCACUUGAAAGACGCCAAUUCCACACCCGCCCUUCAGUCCAGGCGCCAGCGGGGGUUUCUCCAACCUCCGUGGCCGAGAAGCUCUCCCUCGCAGGAAAGGUCACUGUCAUUACUGGAGGCGCCAGGGGCAUCGGUCUCACCUUAGCCGAGACCGUAGCCGGACUGGGAAGCGAUGUGGUGAUUCUUGACGUGCUUCAACCUGAACGUGAGCUGUCCGAGCUUGAGAAAACAUAUGGAAAACGAAUCAGGUAUUAUCGUAUGGACGUUACAUCGAAGCCCGGCAUGGACGCAGCGUUUGCAAGCGCGAUCAAUGACUUUGGGCGUAUCGACAAUUGUAUCACAUCAGCUGGAAUUGCCCUCGACAAGCCGUUCUUCGAACACACGUGGGAGGAAUCACGUCGUCUGCUAGAUAUCAAUGUACUCGGAUCGUUCUUCAGCGCCCAGCUAGCCGCCCAGCAAAUGGUAAAACAGGGCAACGGCGGAUCAGUUGUACUCAUCGCCUCCAUCGCCGCUCAUUGUGCAAUUCCGGCGCAGUGUGUCUCGCUCUACGGUGCGUCCAAAGCAGCGAUAAAACUACUCGGUAAGACACUGGCCGUGGAAUUGGCUCCGCAUAACAUCCGCGUCAACACUCUCUCGCCCGGUUUCACGGCAACGUCCAUGUCCCGCCAGUUUACCGAGAUUCAGCACGUUUUUCAAACCACACCUCCCUUGAAACGUAUCGGAACACCAGAGGACUUGGCGCUUGCUGUUGCGUAUUUCUUGAGUGAUGGGGCUUCCUAUACAACUGGUGCCGAGCUUGCGGUUACUGGCGGGUUGCAUAAUGGGAGGAUUGAAGUGUAG